UCAGGACACUUAAAAAUAAAAUAAAGGUGAAUUCCAGGCAUGAGCUUUCCACAGGGAAGUGGGGCUUCCCCAACUAGCCCACCUCCCCUUCUCCCCAGGUGCGCAGCCCGCGCCGCCCAUCCCGGGCGCGCCGAUGCGACCGGAGCCGCGCUCUCUAGGACCCGAGGAGGAAGCGCUGCAGGGAGACGGUGCCUCCAGCGGGUGCUGCCGCGAGCGGCCGGCCGAGGGGCUGGAAAUGAAAGUAAAGCGCUCCGGAGCCACAUGGACGGAGCUGCCGGGGCGGCGGCGCCGGGAGCAGGAUGCGGCCGCCCGUAAUUAAAUAGCAUUUACUCUUAUUAUUACUAAUAAUAAUAAUAACGUAAUCAUACCUCUAGUCAUAGCAUACCAUUUAUCGGGCUCGGCGCAGACCCGCGGGAAGCGCAGCCCGGCGGAGAGACUGAUGGAGAGACAGAAACGGAAGGCGGACAUCGAGAAGGGGCUGCAGUUCAUUCAGUCGACACUACCCCUAAAGCAAGAAGAAUAUGAGGCCUUUCUGCUCAAGCUGGUACAGAAUCUGUUUGCUGAGGGCAAUGAUCUGUUCCGGGAGAAGGACUAUAAGCAGGCCCUGGUGCAGUACAUGGAAGGGCUGAAUGUGGCUGACUACGCCGCCUCCGACCAGGUGGCCCUGCCCCGGGAGCUGCUGUGCAAGCUGCAUGUCAAUAGGGCUGCCUGCUACUUCACCAUGGGCCUGUAUGAGAAGGCGCUGGAGGAUAGCGAGAAGGCUCUGGGCCUGGACAGCGAGAGUAUCCGGGCUCUGUUCCGCAAGGCGCGUGCUCUCAAUGAACUGGGACGCCACAAGGAAGCUUACGAGUGCAGUAGCCGGUGUUCCCUCGCCCUGCCCCACGAUGAAAGCGUGACUCAGCUUGGUCAGGAGCUGGCCCAGAAACUGGGGCUGCGAGUUCGAAAGGCAUAUAAGAGGCCCCAGGAAUUGGAAACCUUUUCUCUGCUCAGUAAUGGCACUGCAGCUGGCGCGGCAGAUCAGACAAGGUUUCACCAUGUUGGCCAGGCUGGUUUCGAACUUCUGACCUCGGGUGAUCCGCCAGCCUCAGCCUCCCAAGGUACUGGGAUUACAGGAGGAACUUCUAAUGGAUUGGGGUCCAUAGAUGAUAUCGAAACAGACUGCUACGUGGACCCUCGAGGCUCCCCGGCCCUCCUUCCCUCCACGCCUACAAUGCCUCUGUUCCCUCAUGUUCUGGACCUGCUGGCCCCCCUGGACAGCAGCAGGACCCUCCCCAGCACCGAGAGCCUGGAUGACUUCUCAGACGGGGAUGUCUUUGGCCCAGAGCUGGACACCCUCCUGGACUCACUGUCUCUGGUCCAAGGUGGCCUGUCUGGCAGCGGCGUGCCUAGUGAGUUGCCCCAGCUGAUACCCGUGUUCCCCGGUGGGACCCCGCUGCUACCACCUGUGGUGGGUGGCUCCAUCCCUGUCUCCAGCCCACUGCCCCCCGCCUCCUUCGGCUUGGUCAUGGACCCCUCCAAGAAGCUGGCUGCCUCAGUGCUGGAUGCCCUCGAUCCCCCGGGCCCCACACUGGACCCCCUGGACCUGUUGCCCUACUCAGAGACCCGGCUGGAUGCACUCGACAGCUUUGGGUCGACACGAGGCUCCCUGGACAAGCCUGACUCCUUCAUGGAGGAGACCAGCUCACAGGACCACCGUCCCCCCAGCGGUGCUCAGAAACCAGCCCCCUCGCCAGAGCCCUGCAUGCCCAACACUGCCUUGCUCAUCAAGAACCCCCUGGCUGCCACCCAUGAGUUCAAGCAGGCCUGCCAGCUCUGCUACCCCAAGACAGGCCCCCGGGCUGGCGACUACACCUACCGUGAGGGCCUUGAGCACAAGUGCAAGCGGGACAUCCUGCUUGGCCGGCUCCGGAGCUCCGAGGACCAGACCUGGAAGCGGAUCCGGCCCAGGCCCACCAAGACCAGCUUCGUGGGCUCCUACUACCUGUGCAAAGACAUGAUUAACAAGCAGGACUGUAAGUACGGGGAUAACUGCACCUUCGCCUACCAUCAGGAGGAGAUCGACGUGUGGACCGAGGAGCGGAAGGGCACCCUCAACCGCGACCUGCUCUUCGACCCACUGGGGGGCGUUAAGCGUGGCAGCCUCACCAUCGCCAAGCUCCUGAAGGAGCACCAAGGCAUCUUUACCUUCCUCUGUGAGAUCUGCUUUGACAGUAAACCCCGGAUCAUCAGCAAAGGCACCAAGGACUCUCCGUCUGUCUGCUCCAACCUGGCUGCCAAGCACAGCUUCUACAACAACAAGUGCCUGGUGCAUAUCGUCCGCUCCACCUCCCUCAAGUACUCCAAGAUUCGCCAGUUCCAGGAGCACUUCCAGUUCGACGUGUGCCGCCAUGAGGUGCGCUAUGGCUGCCUACGGGAGGACAGCUGCCACUUUGCCCACAGCUUCAUCGAGCUCAAGGUCUGGCUGCUGCAGCAGUACUCAGGCAUGACCCACGAAGACAUCGUUCAGGAAUCUAAGAAGUACUGGCAGCAGAUGGAGGCGCACACGGGGAAGGCCAGCAGCAGCGUGGGUACCUCAAGGACACAUGGGCCUAGCACUUUCGAUCUGCAGAUGAAGUUUGUCUGUGGCCAGUGCUGGAGAAACGGGCAGGUGGUGGAGCCUGACAAGGACCUCAAGUACUGCAGUGCCAAGGCCCGGCACUGCUGGACCAAGGAGCGGCGGGUCCUUCUGGUGAUGUCCAAGGCCAAGAGGAAAUGGGUGUCAGUGAGGCCACUGCCAUCCAUUCGCAACUUCCCACAGCAAUACGACCUCUGCAUCCACGCACAGAACGGCCGCAAGUGCCAGUAUGUGGGGAACUGCUCCUUCGCACACAGCCCAGAGGAGAGGGACAUGUGGACCUUCAUGAAGGAGAACAAGAUCCUGGACAUGCAGCAGACCUAUGACAUGUGGCUGAAAAAACACAACCCAGGGAAGCCUGGAGAAGGGACCCCCAUCAGUUCUCGGGAAGGGGAGAAGCAGAUCCAGAUGCCCACGGACUACGCGGACAUCAUGAUGGGCUACCACUGCUGGCUCUGCGGCAAGAACAGCAACAGCAAGAAGCAGUGGCAGCAGCACAUCCAGUCUGAGAAGCACAAGGAGAAGGUCUUCACGUCUGACAGUGACGCCAGUGGCUGGGCCUUCCGCUUCCCCAUGGGCGAGUUCCGGCUCUGUGACAGGCUCCAAAAGGGCAAAGCCUGCCCAGAUGGGGACAAGUGCCGCUGCGCCCAUGGACAGGAGGAGCUCAACGAGUGGCUGGACCGGCGCGAGGUGCUGAAGCAGAAGCUGGCCAAGGCUCGCAAGGACAUGCUGCUGUGUCCACGGGACGACGACUUUGGCAAAUACAACUUCCUGCUUCAAGAGGACGUGGACCCUGCCAUUGCCACCCCAGAAGCCCCUGCUGCUGCUGCCGCCACCACUGGGGAGUAGGGCCAGGUGUCGGCCAUGGGCAAAGUCCUGGGGCCAGGGGGUGGGGUGGUGACAGAAGGCCUGAUAGAAGGGUCAGGGCUGGCCAGUGGGGGGGUGGGGAGGCCACCCUUAUCAGGCAGCCCCCAGCCCCCUGGGGCCCCGUCUAUCUUUUCCCCACCACCACCCCGGGUGUGCGUACCCAGGUGCACAUGCUGCAACCCCUGGAGGCCCCAGGGUCCUCAUCCCUCUGGAACCUGGGCAGCCCUUCCCCUACCCCCACGGCUCUCCUGGUUGAGGAGGGAGGGGCCUGGCUGACCCCUCCAGCUUCAGCCUCCAGCUUUAACUUCUGUCUGCUCCUAAUGGGGCCCAAAGCUCAGGGCUGGGGAGCCUGGGGUCCCCACUUGAAUCUGCAAGAGUAGGGUCCUUCUCCCUGCCCUAUCCUCACUCCACCACCCCCCCGGGGGCAAAUCAGGACAUAACAGAGGGCAGAGGCCCCAUUAGCUUUAAAAUGUAGCCCCAGGAAGAAGCUGGGAACACUGUACUGGUCACUUACCCUCUGGAGCCUCAGCUUCCCCUCUGGAAGGAUGGAAGGAGCUGGUCUAGAUGAUCUUUGGAACCUAAGGAGUCUCGGCCCUUUGAGGCCACCACCUGAACCCUACUCCCUCAUGGGCCAGUGACUAUAGAUUGUAGGUCCUCAGAGCCUUCAGAGAUGAUCCAGCCCAAACCCUAUUUUGCAGAGAGGAAAACUGAGGCCUAGAAGGGAGGAGUGGUCUGCCCAGGUUCCCAGCACAAAGUAGAGCUGGGAUGAAAACAGGGCUCAAAAGACUCAGGGCCAAUUAUUGGCUGAGCCCACUGUCCCCUCACCAGGGAUGUGGCGGUCUCUGAAUCAGUGUGCUGGGGUCCCAGGCAGCGCUGCCUGGGGGCCGGGGAAGGGAGGCCCAGAGGAGGGCUGGCCAUGUGAGCACCCCUUGAAGGGACUACUCCCUCCCGAGGAUGGUCUCUUGGGGUACAGCAGCAGAGGUCGCCUCUCCACGUGCACUCUGGGAAAGGUGGCAGAGGGCAGGACACCAUGAGCUCAGGAUCUGCAUGAGACGUGGGAGGUGGGAAGGGUGAGGGUCUGGGGGAUGUGGAGAAAAGGGAGGCUUGACCUCGGGCACCAUGGGCCACUCCAGGAUGGGACACACCCCUCUUUCUUGGGGACCAGGCAUGUCCUCUCCUCUAGACUCAGAUACACAGUUAAAACCAUCUGUCCUAGCCCCUCCCUGAUCCCUGGCCCUACCAGCUGCCUGGGACUCCAGUGGACCCCCAGUUCCUGCCCCCACCCAGCAAGGCCUCUCUUGUCCCUCUCGUCUGACAUGUCUGUGUGCACCCCAUCCUCUCCAACCCACCCUCCAUGGGCAGAUCCAGCCUCCCCUGGUUCCCCAGACAUUCCAGAAUGCCCCACAUCAUUGGCACAGGAGUGGGGCAGCCCCGGAAGGAACCAGGGAUUAGGCUGUGGAGGGGUGAGGAGGAGAAAAGGGACCAUCCCAUUCUCAAGCAAGGAUUGCCAGUGCGCGCUGACAGUGAUGGGCUGCCCAGGGCUGGACGGGAUGCUGUUCCUCUCACCGCCACUGCCCGACCUUUCCUGAUAAUCGUAGCAUGCACCCUUUCCUCUUCCCUGCCCCGCCUCCUACCCCAGCAGGCCACUGCAGUUUGGGUGCUGGUGGUAUGGCUGGAGGAGAGGGGAGACCACACCCAAGGUGGGGGUCGUGGCUGUGAUAUCGAUGAUACUCGUUUUCCCUGAUCCGUGGUGUUGCAGUCUGUCGUCACCAGCCUUGUUUCUAGUGUGUAUAUAUGUCGCCCCCAUGAUGCAUAUAUACACAGGUAUUAAAUAUAUCGCUCUAUAUAAUAUUAUAUAUGUGUGUGGUAUCCAAGGAAUCACUUUUAUGAGGGCUAAAGAUAAAGAAUUUGGCCAGAAAAUGCAGCCAUCCUUGUGUGAUUAGGAGGGUUUUGGGGGUCAUCGUACUAUUUGCAAGGCGACAGGGACUGGAGCCGUGGCUCAGAGGUGAUUCGGGCAGCCAGGGGCAGGAGCCAACCUCCCCAGGCCCAACUCUGCCAGCUUCCCAGACCACCCCCAUCGAGUGCAGACAGUGGGAGUGCUCAGGGAAAGAAAGUGAUUUGUAUUUCUCCCCGCCAAAAGGAACAGGAUUCAAGACCAGAGUUUUAAUCUUCAGCCUGUGAUCUGUCCAGGGACCCUUGGGAUCUGGGGCUCCCUGGCCUGGCCAGAGCUGAAGACCCCACAGGGUAAGAAAGGGAGAGUGGGAGGCAGAGUAUAAUAUGGUGGGGAGCAGACAAGAAGACACUUUUAAUGAUGAGGGUAACUAUUUCAGUUGUGAGCCUUCUAGGGCCCCCAGCUGGGAGGCUCAGAGGGCGGAAUCCAGGACCUGUGUUUACCCCUAGCAGGCAGGGACAAGAUGGCAUGGCAAGCAUGGGGCCGGGGGUGGGUGGGGAGGGAUGCUGCAUUUCUCAGCCGGGCAGUAAUCAAUUUAAUGGUCCUUUAAAAUGUCUGUGUAUUAAAAAUUUAAGAAUACCACACUUUAAUAUUAAAUAUUCAUAAGGUCUAGUAUCUUGAUAAUAAUGUAGAUGUUUUAAUAACAAUUUUUGUCCUUCUUAAAAUAAAAUGAAAGAAACUUG